AGGGGCGCUAGGACCGUGAGGGAGAGCGCCUCUAAAUGUAUUUUCAGUAAAAUUUUCAGACAGUUAUUUGUAAACGCGUUUGAGCCGGACAGCGGUUGAAGCGACUCGCACUGACGGACAGUCACUUUGAGUAGGAAUGAAUAUAAGCCAAUAGUUGACUCUCAUCAAUAAACUUUGCUUUGACCGAAUUGAUUAGGACACGUUAUCAAAGUGGCGACUCGCUCUCUGCGGGACUGUGAAGAGAAAGACAGAUAUACCUGUCACACUGAAGCGAUGGGAGAAAUCUGGAGAAUUGAUAUGUCCGAUAGUUUUGAAGGGGGCGAAAACGUGAAUUGGAUUUAAACACAGACUAACUUUUUAACAAAAAGUGUUUUGCUCAAUGACCAUGUAUCCACAUCCAAACUCUGGCCUGGCUCAUCUCUCCAUCUUAGUCCUGCUCCUCUCACUCCUCCUCCCCCUCUCUCUGCCAUCUCGAGCCCCCCCCCACCAACACCCCGUCCACCUCCACCUCCCCUCACUGGUGCCCCAUGCACCCCUGCCCCUCUCCCGCUCUCGCUUCAGUUCCCAGACUCAACUGGACUUCACCACUCACUGCAAUGCCAGCUGCUACCACAAAGGAGAGCAAGAGAGCAGGCGAGAGCACCUGACUGAGCAGCUGGCCUUCGAGACGCUCUAUGCAGAUGGUUCUCGUACCCUCACCACUGUGGAUGUGAAGGAUGAGGAUGAUUAUGAGGGCACCAUCAGUCCUGCCAUUCAACCUCCACCAACAAGAGGACGUAGAGUUACCAGUAGGCACAAGCGUCAGAAAAGACAGAUCUACGGGGCUGAUGGGCGCUUCAACAUACGCGGUGACCACUUCCUGUUGGACUACCCAUUCUCCACAGCUGUGAGGAUCUCCACCGGCUGCACUGGGGUCCUAGUGUCUCGACGCCAUGUCCUGACCGCCGCCCACUGCGUGCAUGAUGGGAAGGACUACGUCAAGGGAGCCCGUAAACUGAGGGUAGGCUUCCUGACUCCUCCGUACAUCAACGGCACCAAGCCCAGCCAGACCCCCACCAAGAAGCCCCUGGUGCGCUGGGUCCGGGUCAAACGCACCCGUGUCCCCAAGGGAUGGAUCCAGGGCCCCCAGGAGGUCAGCAUGGACUUUGACUACGCCCUCUUGGAGCUGCGCUGGCCCCACCGCCGGCCCUUCAUGCGUCUGUCUGUGGCUCCCUCCUCUGACGACCUGGCAGGGAAACGCAUCCAUUUCUCUGGGUUUGACAGUGACAGGCCUGGGGAGCUGGUCUACCGCUUCUGUCCUGUGGAGGACGAGUCUAACGACCUGAUCUACCAGCACUGUGAUGCCCGGCCGGGGGCCAGUGGCUCGGGGGUCUACGGCCGCGUGUGGGACACGGCUCUGGAACGCUGGGAGAGGAAAGUCAUCGGCAUCUUCUCUGGACACCAGUGGCUGGAGAUUGAUGGGGAGAACCACGACUACAACGUGGCUGUGAGAUUCACCCCGCUGAAGUUUGCCCAGAUCUGUUACUGGGUGCAUGGGAACCGAGUGGACUGUAGUCAGGACUGAGAGAGAAGGGGAGGGGGGAUGGCCUAUAAAAAAAGAGGCUAUGAAGUCCAUGACAGAUAACUAUUUAAAGUAAGCACAAAAUCCUUUAAAGGAGAUGUGGAGAGGAAAUUACUCCCCAACUCAGUCUAUAAAAGGCUAAGAGUGAAACGGGAUUUAAUCCUAAUAAAAAUAAAACAUCUACAAUACUAUCGAAGAAAACAGGACUGCUAAACCUUCAUGCACCGUAACCGGUUUCCCUUGGAGGUGUUAACCACUGUGACUAGGAGCCUUGCUGUUUUAGAACUAUGGUAGCAGCCAUUAACUUUAUACUUUGGAAUAGUAUUGAACAGCUUUAGCCAAUGGAGCAACUACUGGACUUUUUUUUUUUUAUAGAUAUCAUACUCUCCCAUUGUUCUCUGUAAUACUGUGGCUGCAUGUUUUCAACAUUUAGGAUCAAAUGUACGGGUGUGGAGUUGAUUUUACAAAGAGAUGUGGGGAGGGGACGGCUUAUUUGUUUAGGUAACGUCGUUUAAGGAUGUGAAUGAUUUUGGAAAGUACAGGGACUUUUCAUUCUGGGUUAGAAAGACACCUGUAAAAUAUAUACUCGGCCCCAAAGGCAUAUCUAGCCACAAUGACAAGAUACGGCGCCUCAAUACACCAAACAUGUCAAAAAGGGUCAACGGUAUCAAUGGUGAAAUCAACAAAAGUCAGAUUCUGAAAACCUAAGGGAGUUUCUUACUCUGAAUGCUGGCAGUAUAAACUACUUGCUUUCAAGCGGGUUAGGGGGUGAAAAUCUGAAUGUUGGUGAUAUUUUUUGCAAAUGCCUAUUUUAAUAAACUAAAAUAUUUAUCAUUA